UGUGUCACCAACUUAGCAGUCCUUCUGUUCCUUCAUUAACUGUGUAGCAUCCACCUAGCAGCUCAACAUCACCGACGGUCCUAGCAGGGUUGUAGGUUUCUUUGGGUGAUCUGAAUUCUCUUGCCGUAAUACUUCACAAGCCUUGGUGCUUGACGAGUUGUUUCUUAAGGGUCACGGUUGCUGUUUUUUUAACACGUCAUCAAUUUUGGCAAGUCAUAAAUUUUUUUAAUAUUGGAGCAUCACUUUUCUUUGGCUCUUGAUCAAGAUGGUGCUUUUCAGGAAUUCUUCUUCUUCCACUAAAAGAUUCUUAGUAAUUGAUGAGAAGUAUCGUCAAACAAGCCUUCGCGUAUAUGAACCUGCCAUUGGUCCAUUUGCUAAGAAGUGGUCUUCCGAAAGCAUCAAGCAUUUGACUUCCUGGUCAUUGGAGACUUCUUAUGAACUUUAUGGUUAUGGUGGUUUGCCUCAAUCAGUUUUACAACUUCAAUACUCCUUUCCACAUUCAACAACUUUUCUAGUUGAUCUGCCGUCAUUAGACUAUCGUAAACGUGAUGGAAAUGCUACUUGCAAGGAUUAUUUCCCAAUCUCUGAUGCACUUGAGUAUACUCCCAAGUAUUGGGAAUGGACAGAAGAUAUUUUGAAACAUUACGAGCUAAUCCUCAAGAGGGCACAUAUUCGAGACACUAUUUUUGCAUCCCUUUUUACAUAUGACUGGCAGAUGAAUUUUAUCCUUUCUUUCUAUAACCAUUGAAAUCCUGCUACUAACACGCUAUCUACCCCGAAUGACGAGGAGUCUGUAUCCCUUUGGGAGUUAAAAUCAUGUAGCGGCCUUCCUAUUUUUGGUACUUUUUAUGAUGAAGUCAUCCCUUCUACUGAUGAACUUAAUGAAGAAAGGACGUUCUUUUCUUCCAAAGAGCUGUAAGUACCUGUUCAUCGCCUUUCAUAAAGAAUGUCAGACCAUUGAUGGUAACCAUGUAAUGACCCUUCAAGAUUGGGUAGAUUUCUGGUUUCGAGAUGACUUGAGAUACAAGGUACCUUUUUCUGUGGGUAAUUCUAGCGGAUCAAAUAAGACUACUUAUCCAUCUGGCUCAAUUGACAAGUCUCGUCUUCAUUCCAGCAAAUUCAUUCAUCCUUUUAAAGAGCUUAAUGUCCCUUUUCAUAUUCAAGAUGAAGUUUAUUUAGCGGCUUUUCUUUCAUGCUGGCUAUGCAAAUUUGUAUUUCCUAGCAAGGACGUUGAUGUCAUUCGUUUUAGUACUUUCAAAGUAGCAUCCAUGAUGGCGGUUGGAAGGCAAUUCUCUCUUGCGAUACCAGUUCUAACAAGUAUCUUCAAAGGUCUAAAGGAAGUCCAAUUUGCAUUAAGUGUGACCGCACGAGACAUCCAUUUUCCUAUUCAUUUUCUCAGUAGUUGGCUUGCAGAAAAAUUUGGCACCCAUCAAAUAGCCAUUAGCCCUGCCAAGUUAGUUGGGAUGACAAAAUAUGCCGGCGUGGGGUCGACAAAACAUUUCAAUGAAUCUCAAGCUAAUGCUCUUUUCAGAGAUCCGAAGAGAGUCAUAUUUCCUGCAUUACUUCCCCUAGCCAAAGUUGUGAUCUUGUGUGAUGAUGGCAACUUAUCAGUCCUCAAGAGUGACUACUUUAUGUGUAUUCGAUCCGGCUAUUUGACUCUUCGUUAUAAUGAUACUUUUAUUAUUGAGUCUUACUGUCCUGAUAGAUUCAGUAGACAAUUUGGGUUUUGCCAGCAUAUUCCCCGUGACUUUGGAGGGAGAACUAGAGUUCCAACCUUGGAGGAUGUAUCCCAACUUUGGCAUAGUUUUACCAAACUCAACACUCAUUCUCAGUGCAAGCUUCCGUUGCCCCCAAAUGAUAAACUUCCUUUGGUGACUAAACGUUACAUGGACUGGUGGACUCUGAAGUGGUCCAAAGUUUGUUCUCCAGAGAUGAAGAUCAUUCUUAAAAGUCCUGCUAAUGUUGCCAUAGUAUCUUGAAGGAUAAAAAAAAAGAAGAAUGACCCCCUCUUAACAAAAAAAAAACGAUCUUCUCCUACUUAUAAAAGAGACAAGCAAGCAGUUGAUGUUGAUUUAGGCAAGGAAGAUGGUGCUCAAACAUCUGCCCACAUAAGGAGGACACCACUUGUGAUUCCUAGUGUGAAGAGAGCGAGUACUGCAAAAGAUCAUCUCAAUAAGAA